CAGCUGGUACAUCGACUACUUCCCCAACGGACGCGGUCCCCUGAUCAAGCGCGCCCGCGGCUACCUCUCCCUGCAGAUCGUCCUCGACGGCGCCGUCCCCGCCACCGCCGGGACCGUCAAGGCGCAGUUCACCCUUUCCCUGAUCAGCAACGCUGUCCCUGUGCAACGAACCACCGCACGCAAGAGUCCGGUGCACAAUCUCGCGCGUGGCGGAGCGGGAGGGUGGUGGUUCUUCAAGUACAUGAGCAAGGAGAAAAUCGAGAGAUUCUUCCUCGACCCAAAGGACGACAGCUUCACGCUCCAGUGCGACGUCGUCAUCCUCGACAGGUUCCGCGUGGUGAAAGGUGCCCCCUUUGUGGAGGUGCCGCCGCCCGACCUGCACCGCCACCUCGGGGAGCUUCUCUUCAGCGGGGAGGCCUCCGACGUCAGGCUCCAGGCCGGCGGGGAGACGUUCAGUGCUCAAAGGUGCGUGCUCGCUGCGAGGUCGCCGGUCUUCAAGGCGAAGCUCCUCGGCUCCAUGAAGGAGGGUACCACCACCGACUGCGCCGUACGCAUCGAGGACAUCGAGCCACAGGUCUUAAAGGCCGUGCUGCACUUCAUGUACACCGACAUAUUGCCCGAGGUGAGCAAGGAGGAAGAAGCCGCCAUGUCGCAGCACCUGCUUGAAGCCGCCGACAGGUUUGGCCUCCGGAGGCUCAAGCUCAUCUGCGAAGAAAACCUGUGCGGGUGCAUUGACACGAGCUCGGUGGUGACCACGCUCGUGCUGGCCGAGCAGCACAGUUGUCAGGGUCUCAAGGAGAAAUGCUUCGAGUUCCUCAAGUCAACCGGUCUGAAUGCGCUAAUUGCAAUCGAUGCCUUCAACCAUCUGUCGACUAGUUGCCCUGCCGUCCUGGAGGAGCUCACUUCCAAGCUUACUCUCCACUGAUAUUCAUGCAAAGGAGAUCAACAUUAUUGGGUAGGCUUCUAGUAAUGUCAAUGGUAGACUGAUCACACUGCUGGUAGUUUAUAGCUGCAUAUGUAUCACCACUUCAGUGCAUUAUCAUAGUCCUUGCACCAGCGCUGUCAGGUGACUUGUGAUGCCACUCUGUGUCUUUGCUCUGUUUGUGUUUGGUCCAUGCAUAGGUUCUGGAGAGCCACUAGUUUCUCAAUCUGUGAUCCCAACCUACUCAUUCAGCAGAACCUGGAUGUUUUAGA